GAAGGAUAAAGAUAUGGUUAUGAAAGUAGAAGAGAAACUGGAUACUGUCAUGGAUCAGCUUCUUCAUACUGACCAUCUGAAAGAGAUGGAGAAUGCUGAAGAGGAGGAGAGACAGUGGCGUAUGCAUAGGAUGGAAGACGUGACCGAUUUUGAUAAGUCUCAAGCCGACAAAGGUCUCCUCGCCGAAGUCACGACGAUGUCGAACGUGGCCAAAACCCGGCACAACGUCGAGACCGAACUCUUGGGUGCCUUCCACGACCUCGAAGAAGUCCAUGACGAGGUCGAACACGGAGUGGACGAUCUGUUUCGUGAGCUCAAGGACGAAUUCGUGCUGUCGUUCAAACGAACCACACAUCUCAUGAAACUUCCGGGUUUGGAAGAGAAAGAACGUCGACGUCGCAUUCAGGAAAUCGAGAACUUCGUGAAUGAAGGCAAGAGCGACCCGCUAAAAGAAAGGGCAAUGGAUACUAAGGAUACGAUGCAUGAUGAACUCACUCGAACGUUUGCCACCGUGCAACUGGCAGAAGCAGAAAAAGACGAAACAACUCGGGCUGACGCUGAGGUUAGGAUGGGGGGAGCUCUAGAAGAACUGCUUCACUCUCGGAACAGCAAGAUGGCUGACGACGCAUGCGCAAAGGAACGGAGGCGACGAAUCAAAGAAGAGGAGAUGGAGUUUCGAUCAAGUAGUGUGGACCCAGACAAAGAGCGCAUGCGUGAUGCUGUCAAACUAGUUCAGGAACAAAUGCUGAUCAAGAAAUUUCAUGGCAGGAAAAAGGAGCCACAAUCAAAAAAGCCAACGGAAACUUUUUCAAAGGAGGAAUGUUUAAAUGACAAGAAACUACGACAGAUGAGAAUGAAAGCCCGCAGACAAUUAUCUAUUCAAGGGGAUUUGGAUAUGUAGCAGAAACCUGAUCUAACAUCAAGAGAUUAUUCCAACGCUUCAAAAUACAUCACAACACAGCCUCCGAGAGCAUAAUUUUAAUCCUUGAAUUCACCUACCAUCUUGGAAUCAAGAUAUAUUUUGUUUUAUUUAAUCAUUUUAACGACUACACUGUAUAAUAACGUGUAAUAAGUACUAAACCGCUUGGCAAUAUAACAAAAAAGGGGAACAAGAAUGUUAAACACAUGAAUAAAUGCAAUUACCUUUAUUUGAAUGUUCCCUUUUUCAUGUCCUCAUGUAACCUGCUGGCAUUAUUAUGGCUUAGAAUUUCAAGAUAAAA